UUUGUUAAAAAUUAAUGACCUCGACUUACCUAGAAAAGUUGGGUCGUUACAGUUGGUAUCAGAGCCUAAGUUUUAGGUUCUGUAGACUGACUUACGAUGUAAGUCUAUGUUUUUGUGUUCCUAUGGCUAACGCGACCCUUCGUCUCUCGUCAGGAAUUAUGCCGCCAAGGGGAGGUGUACGUAGAGGAGGUCGUAGAGGCCGAGGUAGAGGAGCAGGAGGCCGAGGUAGAGGAGCAGGUCGUAAUCAGCCUACUGAGGGUCAAGCUGAACAGCGAAUUCCUGCUGCACCCGUGACUCACGUCGAGUUUGAUGCACUGUCUGCUCACAUGGAGCAGAGGUUUACGGAACUUAUGACGGCUAUAGCUCGAAACCAGCAGGCACCUGCAGUUCCACCUGCACCUGUGGUUCCCCCUGUACCAGCAGCUCCACCUGCACCAGCAGCCCCUCCUGCACAAGGAUUGGCUGCACAACAGCCGCAGAUAUUACCGAACCAACUUUCUGCUGAGGCGAAACAUUUGAGGGACUUUAGGAAAUAUGACCCUCAGACGUUUGAUGGGUCACUGGAGGAUCCUACUAAAGCUGAGUUGUGGUUGUCCUCUGUGGAAACCAUAUUCAAUUACAUGAGAUGUCCCGAGGAGCACAGAGUUCAGUGUGCUGCUUUUCUACUGAGGGACAGAGGCAUUAUCUGGUGGAGGACUACAAUGCGCAUGCUAGGUGGAGAUGUGAGGCAGAUUACCUGGGAUCAGUUUAAAAACUGCUUCUAUACCAAGUUUUUCUCGGCUAACCUUAGAGACGCCAAAAGCCAGGAAUUCUUGGAGUUGAAGCAAGGACAUAUGACAGUCGAGGAGUACGACCAGGAGUUUGAUAUGCUGUCACGUUUUGCCCCUGAACUUGUUGGUAACGAGCAGGCUAGAGCUGAUAGGUUCGUCAAGGGAUUGAGAGAUGAGAUUAGGGACUUUGUGCGAGCACUAAAGCCCACUACCCAGGCUGAAGCGCUGCGUCUGGCAGUGGAUAUGAGCAUUGGGAAGGAUGAAAUACGGCCAAGGAGCUUUGAUAAGGGAUCGUCGUCUGGUCAAAAGAGAAAAGCAGAGCAGAGAACUGUGGGAGUUCCUCAGAGGAACUUGAGACCAGGCGAUCCUUUUCGCAGUUUCCAGCAGAGUUCUGGCGGGGCAGGAGACACUACUCGAGAGAAGCCAUUAUGCAAUACGUGUGGGAAACGUCACCUGGGUCGUUGUUUGAUGGGAACGAGAGUCUGUUAUAAGUGCAAGCAAGAGGGACACAUGGCUGAUAGGUGUCCCUUGAGAUCUACUGGGGCUGGACAGAGCAGUCAGGGAGAGAGACCUCCACAGCGGGGUACAAUCUUUGCCACUAAUAGAUCAGAGGCAGAGAAGGCCGGCACAGUGGUGACAGGUACAUUACCAGUGUUAGGGCAUUUUGCCUUGACCUUGUUUGACUCGGGAUCUUCUCAUUUAUUUCAUCGCUUUUUGUGA